CACACAACGGUUAAGUGGCUUUUAUUUUUCCUUAACAGUUUUUUUCAAGAGAUAAACAUGAACACAAACCGUGACAACAAAUCUUGAGCUUUUUGAUACCCUAAUUUUCUCUGAUCAAAAGUAAAACAAACCCAUCAAAAAUGGUGAUGAUAUAGGCAAAAAGGAACAAGGAAGAAAGAAAAAGAAAAAAAAAAUAAAGAAGGUAAGGGCAUGGAAGAGGGUCGAAGAGGAUCAUCUUCAACACCACAAUCACGUAAGAUCAUGGUGAUCGCUGACCCAACCCGUGAAUCAGCAGCUGCUCUUCAAUACGCUCUUUCACACGCCGUGCUCGAGCAAGACGAACUUAUCCUUGUACAUGUUGAAAGCUCUGGUGGUUCUUGGAAAAACGCUUUCUCAAGUUUUCUUAGAUUACCAAGCUCCAUCUCUUCCUCUAGCAGCGGCUGCUCUCCUGCUUCUAACCUUACCGCAAGCGCUUCUAACGCUGCGGCGGUAAGCGCUUUGGCCUCUGAGAUAGGUCAAGGAGAUGGGAACUUUCUUGAACAGAUGAAACGGAUAUGUGAAAUAGCUCAGCCUAAGGUACGUGUACACACCGAGUGUAUAGCUAUGGAAGGCUUCAAAGCUAUAGCGAUUCUUCUUCAUGGUGACAAGCUUGGCGUUGAUGUUAUCAUUAUAGGCCAACGGAGGACAAUCUCAUCUUCCCUUCUAGGUUUUGAAUUUGACAGAUCUAGGCGGCCUGGAGGGUCACUAAGAGGUUCAAAAGGAGUAGACACAGCGGAAUAUCUAAUCGAGAACAGUAAAUGCACUUGUGUUGGGGUACAAAAGAAAGGUCAAAAUGGAGGCUAUGUUCUAAACACCAAGACACAUAAGAACUUCUGGCUCUUGGCAUGAUCAUAUAUACCUAGUCAGUUUUUAUAUGCUUUCACGUAGCUUAAUGCUGUGAAAACAAAAAUUAUGAAGAUAAAAUAAAGGUUACCUCCCCCACUCAUGAAUCUUCAAGUGUUUUCUUUUCCUCUCAUCUCUCUAAACUCUGGCAAUGAAGUGUUCUUUUUAUAUGUUGUGUUUUUUUCCACUUUGAAAAGUGUGGGUAAACGUAAGGCUGUAAAUAUCUAACACAUGACAGGCUAAUGACACCAAUGGGAAAUAAACGGAUGUAUAAGAAUCUAGAGAGAAGAAUAUGUUCAUAUAUCAUUGUUGUGAAGAACAAUGGGAGCUUUUGAUUAGUCUCAUCAAGUACCAAAAACUUUAGGACCUGUAAUAAUUGUAUACAAGAAAAGGAAAAGAAA